CUUGGGAACAAGACUGUGUGCUGACCAAGAAGGAGUUUCUGGCACGGGGCCUAGCUUUCUGUGAAGUUAACGGAGGUGAAAGUUCAAAGGUCAGGUGUGGAAGCAAAGUGUGAAAAUGUUCCUGCGACCUCGUUUUCUCUUCUUGGGAAUCGUCGCAGCCUUCGCCGCUACAGCUCAAGGAUUAUGGAGAAGAGAUCCCAAAGAUUCUGGUCCUGCUGCCUACAGUUCAGAGGAACACUAUGAGUGGACGACCUGGUUCAACGUGGACCACCCUGGAGGUCGUGGAGAUUAUGAGCAGCUGGACGCCAUUCGCUUUUAUUACCGCGCUCGGGUGUGUGAGACUCCGCGGGCCAUCGAGGCCAGAACCACCAACUGGGUGCCGGCCCGUGAGACCGGGGAGACGGUGCAUGCGGACCCCACCGUGGGAUUCUGGUGCCUCAACGAGGAGCAGGGUCCUGACCGCAACUGCUCCAACUACGCAGUCCGUUUCCUCUGUGCCAAAGAGGGUGUGAACCUUCCGGGCACCUGGGGACCUUGGUCUGACUGGAGUGCAUGUCCCGCCCUCUGCGGACAGGUGGGGGUCCAGCUUCGCCAUCGGACCUGCCAAUCUCGCUCCACUCCGUGUAUUGGAAAUAAAGUAGAAGGAAAAUCAUGCAGUGGACCUCAGUGCCCAAGUACAGACUGCUCGCUGCAGUGCGUGAUGGGAAAAGUGAACGCGGACUGUGACGCAUGCAUGUGCGAACAACACAUCCUGUUGGGCGCUGUGCGCAGUGCCGGCGGUCUCACCGCCGAGGGCGCUGCCAUCCUCCGCUCCGGCAAACUUCUCACACUUACAGACCACAACGGACAUUUCCGCAUCCCCGGCGUCUGCCCCGACGGCAACACUACCCUGACAGUCAGCCUGCAGGGUCACAUCUCCCAAAAUGUUGUCGUACCCACCAGCACAGAGCAGACCUCGGUCCUCAGCGUCCAGCUCAAGAGAUCAGAGAUGCUUCAUGUGGUGAACAGCCCGAUGAGCAAAGUCCGGAGGGAGGGACAGAGCGCUGCCUUCUGCUGCAAAGUGGCAGGGACGCCACAGCCAGACAAAUACCAAUGGUUUCAUAACAACAGCCUGAUGGAGAAGCAGUCUGACAGCACUCUGGUCCUGAAAGAUCUGCAUCCGGAUCAUGCUGGAGAGUACUCGUGCAGAGCCGUCGGUCCAACUGGAUCCAUCAAGACCAAACCAGCUACUCUCAGAGUCUUAGGCAGAGAUGAGCCGUCCUGCAACCCCAAACCUGAGUCCAACCUCAUUCGCCUUCCGCAUGACUGCUACCAAAACAGCACAGACUCCUUCUACAUCGACGUGGGCAAGUGCCCCUCAAGCUCAUGCGCUGGUCAACUGGAUAAUGGCAUCAGAUGCAAAGACAAAGUGGCUUACUGCUGUGGCGUGGCAAAGAUGGAGGAGAGGCUGCUGACAUGCCAAGGCUACCAGCUGCCCACCAUGGUAGUGACCGAAUGCGGCUGCCAGAAAUGUGUGGACACCAAGGCCAUUGUGCAUGGCAGGGCCAUUGCUACAGACAAUGGUGAGCCAAUGAGGUUUGGCCACAUCUUCAUGAAUGGCGUGCGAAUCAGCCGCACAGGCUACAAAGGUACCUUCUCCAUCCAGGUUCCCCCUGACACAGAGAGGUUAGUGCUGACGUUUGUGGACAACAUGCAGAAGUUUGUCAACACCACAAAGGUACUUCCUUUCAAUAUAAAAGGAGGGGCAGUUUACCAUGAGAUCAAACUUCUGAGAAAGAAAGCUCCCGUGACCAUCAGCUCUUCAGAAACCAACACUCUGGAGCUCGGGGAGGUCGAGGGCCAAGAGACGAUGGUUCAAAUCCAGAUUCCCCCUCAUUCCUUCUACAAGGAGAAUGGCGAGGUCUUCACAGGUAACGUUAACGCCAGCGUGACAUUUCUGGACCCUAGAGAUAUCUCCACAGCCGCUGCAGCUCAAAGUGAUCUCAACUUUGUGGGAAGUGAAGGCGAUACCCUGCCACUGAGGACCUACGGCAUGUUUUCAGUCGACUUUAGAGGUGAGGAAAACAAUGAACCCCUGAAUGCAGGUGAAGUGAAGGUGUUCCUGGACUCAGCUCAGGUGAAAAUGUCAGAGCACCUUGACAGUAUGAAGCUAUGGUCACUGAAUCCUGAAACUGGCCUGUGGGAGGAGGAGGGCAGUCUGCAGAUGGAGAAGAAAAAACGAGGCAAAAGAGAGGAGAGAACCUUUCUGAUUGGAAACAUGGAAAUCAGAGAGCGGCGUCUGUUUAACCUGGACGUCCCAGAGAACCGCAGGUGCUAUGUGAAAGUGAGGGCCUUUAGGGGAGAACGCUUCUCAGUCGCUGACCAAGUGGAAGGAGUUGUGGUGAGUCUCAUAAACAUGGAGCCCACAGCUGGCUACUCCUCUAAUCCACGCGCAUGGGGUCGAUUCGAUAGUGUUGUUACCGGCCCCAAUGGAGCCUGCCUUCCAGCCUUCUGUGAUGAUCGGAAACCUGACGCCUACUCUGCCUAUGUCAUGGCCAACCUCGGAGGAGAAGAACUGGAAGCUGUACCUUCUGCUCCCAAACUGAAUCCCAACAUCAUUGGAGUGCCUCAACCUUACCUGAGCAAACUGAACUACAGACGAUCUGACCACGAGGACCCAAGAGUAAAGAAAACGGCGUUCAGCAUCAAUGUGGCAAAGCCGAGUCCAAACACAGCUGAGGAAGGCAACGGGCCGGUCUACGCAUUUGAGAACUUGAAAGAAUGUGAAGAGGCCCCAUUCAGUGCAGCACACUUCCGCUUUUCACGAGUGGAAGGAGACCGCUAUGACUACAACACAGUGCCAUUCAAUGAAGACGACCCAAUGAGCUGGACAGAAGAUUACCUAAGCUGGUGGCCAAAACCCUUGGAAUACAGGGCCUGCUACAUCAAGAUCAAAAUCACCAGUCCACACGAGAUCAACGUGCGCUCCCGCAACAUGGGUGGAACCCAUCCCAAGACUGUAGGGCAGCUCUACGGCCUCAGAGACACUCGCAGCAUCCGAGAUAUGGACCAACCUACUAUUUCAGCAGUGUGCCUGGAGUUCAAGUGCAGCGGGAUGCUGUACGAUCAAGAGCGAGUAGAUCGUACCCUGGUCAAAGUAAUCCCACAAGGAAGCUGUAAGAGAGAUCAUGUUAAUGCAAUGCUUCAGGAGUACCUGGUGAACCACCUGCCCCUGGCCGUCAACAAUGACACCAAUGAGUUUACCAUGUUGGCGCCUCUUGACCCUCUAGGCCACAACUAUGGGAUUUACACGGUGACUGACCAGGAUCCCCGUACGGCCAAAGAAAUAGCGCUUGGACGCUGCUUUGACGGUACCUCUGAUGGCACGUCUCGCGUCAUGAAGAGUAACGAGGGCGUGGCACUAACUUUCACCUGCGGAGACCGUGAGGUGACUCGACAGAGUGUCUUCCAAACCAUGCAGCAGGGUUCUCAAGGUCAAACGGUAACAAGCGUGGUAAGAGAGGGACGGCAAAAUCGGCGCAGGCAGAGGGCCAACGCACCUCGCAGCAGUCGCCGACGUAGCACCAGAAAUCCUGAGGGAAAGCGGGUGAAGACCAGAAGCUAAGCAACACUGAAUCCAGUCCUCAAUACGGAGACCAAAUGAACAUCUACAGCCAGCCGACGUCCAGCCUCAUGUCUUAACUCAUUCUAUAUGGACUUUUCCACAUUAAGUAAAUAUAUAUACAACAUAGACCUUUGCAACUUCCUCUCAAGGAACAUUUGAACUGUCUUUCCAAUUUUAAACUUUACUGUGGUAAAUAUUUACUUGAAACUGUAAAUAGAGUAUUUAUUACACAGGCCUUAAAAAUCUGUAAUCACUGUUCUUUUAUUGAAGAUUUUUUUGUCUGCCAGUUUGAAGAAAGAAAAAAAAAAAACGAAACAUGUCUUUGACCAGUGAUUUAUUAAAUUAGAUGCUUAAAAAACACUGCAGAUGCUGUAUCUUCCACAUUGUAUUUAUCCAAUUGUCCAUGUAACAUUGAAACUGGUCAAUUGCUAGAAAA